AUGUCGGAAGCCGUGGACCCAAAUGUUUUCGAUGCGAAAGGACCAAUCGUUGUGAACUCUCCGAUCACCAGUCAUCGAACAGCUCUCAUUCGUAAUUAUACAACAAAACCGCGAUUGACAUAUCAAACAGUUUGUGGAGUAAACGGACCACUCGUGAUUCUCAAAGAUGUAAAGUUCCCAAUGUAUAAUGAAAUUGUGAAUAUCACUCUUCCAAAUGGAGAAGUCCGCAUGGGACAGGUUCUGGAAACGUUCAAGAACAGAGCAGUUGUACAGGUUUUCGAAGGAACUACCGGUGUCGAUGCGAAGCAUACAAAGUGCGAGUUCACCGGAGACAUUUUCCGGAGUCCUGUGUCUAUUGAUAUGCUCGGAAGAAUUUUCAAUGGAUCUGGAAAGGCGAUAGACAAGGGACCGCCUGUUUUGGCCGAAGACUACUUGGAUAUCAACGGACAAGCAAUCAACCCGUACAAUCGUAUAUACCCGGAGGAGAUGAUUCAGACUGGAAUAUCAGCGAUCGAUGUCAUGAACUCAAUUGCUCGUGGCCAGAAGAUCCCUAUUUUCUCGGCUGCCGGCCUUCCACACAACGAAAUCGCUGCCCAGAUUGUGCGUCAGGGAGGUCUUGUUCAACUUCCAGAUCGCAACAAUGAAGCCGUAAACUUUGCUAUUGUUUUCGCUGCGAUGGGAGUUAACAUGGAAACUGCCCGAUUCUUCAAACAAGACUUCGAAGAAUGUGGAUCCAUGGAUAACGUUUGUCUGUUUCUGAAUCUCGCAAACGACCCAACUAUCGAGCGUAUCAUCACUCCUCGUAUCGCUCUGACCGCAGCUGAAUUCUUCGCCUAUCAUUGCGGAAAGCACGUUCUCGUUGUACUAACGGAUAUGUCUUCAUAUGCAGAAGCGCUAAGAGAGAUUUCUGCUGCUCGUGAAGAAGUUCCAGGUCGGCGCGGAUUCCCUGGGUAUAUGUACACAGACUUAGCAACUAUCUAUGAAAGAGCUGGCCGUGUCAAAGGUCGUGAGGGUUCGAUCACCCAAAUUCCGAUUCUCACGAUGCCGAAUGAUGACAUCACUCAUCCCAUCCCCGAUCUCACAGGAUAUAUCACGGAGGGACAGAUCUAUGUGGAUCGUCAAUUACACAACCGACUCAUUUAUCCACCAAUCAAUGUACUCCCAUCGUUAUCGCGUCUCAUGAAGUCAGCUAUUGGAGAUAACAUGACGCGCGAGGAUCAUUCUGAACUUUCUAAUCAGUUGUAUGCUUGCUACGCCGUCGGAAAAGAAGUCCAAGCGAUGAAAUCAGUUGUCGGAGAAGAAGCUUUGUCUCCUGAUGAUUUGCUGUUCCUGGAGUUCCUUGGCAAAUUCGAGAAGAACUUCAUUUCUCAAGGCCAUUACGAGAACCGCACCAUCGUUGACUCCUUGAAUAUUGGAUGGGAACUUCUGAGAAUUUUCCCACGAGAGAUGCUCAAAAGAAUCCAAGAGCCAAUUCUCGAAAAAUACUACCCAAGAAAGAAACAAUGA